AAAUUAGUGAUUAUAUUGCUGAUACGACUGCUAACUUGGAACCUGAUGAUUCGCUUAUUCUUGCCUUUUGUGUUAAACUUGAUGAGGAUACACUUAGUGCUGCCGAUGUAAAUGUUAGAAUGAUAGCUAAAUUAAUUGUUGACGAAGUUGAAAAAGGAGAUGGUUAUAAUUGGGU